AUGCUAUGGAGUGGUGCCGAUAUUGUGAAGUUCCCUGCUGUGAAUGAUCUGGAGGAAGAGUUUGCUGCAAACGCAUCUGGUUCUGCUGAUGAUAAUGGUGGUGACGAGUUAGAUUUUGAUGUGGCCUAUGAGUGUUCUGUAAAUGGUGUUGGACAGGGGUAUGCAGAUGUGCCUGGAUACCUUCAUGAGCAUGAACGUUUUGUGGGGGCCAGACAGGCCUGGUUCGUGCUGCCGGAACCUGAAGAGGAAAAGCAGCAGCAGGUGUCUGCUGCUGCAUUUGCAAAUGCUGUUGUUGUUCUAAAUGAGCGGUAA